AUGCCAAGCUCCGCCGGCAAAGGCACCGCGGAUGAGGAGUAUGCUGCCAAUGUGAAGGCGCUCAAACUGGCCGAGGCCACUUGGAUUUCGGAGAAAGUCAAGGAGAAUCCGGUGUGCAAGCUGACGCCGAUCUUCAAAAUCACAAAAACAACGAGAGGCAAGGCGUCCUCCUCCACCUACACCGGAGUGACCCCGCCGCAGCAGCAAGGCCAAGGUCAGACGCAGCAGUCGUUGGAUCAACGGCAGGGUGAAGAGCUCGGCUCGGGCGAUUUCAGCUCGCUCUCAUUACCAAGUUCACCCACGAACACGGCAACCGCAAGAAGACGGCCAGAGCAGCAACGGGGCACGACGCGGCGAAAGAUUGAGCUGCGAACGCCGAUGGACUUUUCCGAGACGGAAACGAUCAGCUCCGGGUUCUCGGACAAGAUCAGCAGCAAGACGACGCAGAUGGACGAGCGGCCGAGGAACUUUUUGGCGGACGGGAGGACUGCAACCCGUAGCACCGGGAGUUGUUCCGGGAGAUCUUUGGGAUUUAGAAGAAGGCGGCGGAUAAUAGGCAAUCAGUUGCCACUGUUAGACGGUCAGAAUCCGGUUGUGGGAGGGAGCGGGGGCAAGGCUGGAACUCCGAAGGAUCCUCCGGUAACGCCAGCUGGGGAGGAAACACCGAGCGAAUUUGGGAACGACACGCGGAGCGUCAUCUCGUCGGCGGUGUUCGAGCAGUCGUUUGCCAUGUCCGAGUGCAUCACCUAG